AUGGACGAUGAGAUGCUGAUUGAAGAAGUACGUCAUUAUCAAGAACUAUAUGAUAUGACACACAAAAAAUAUAGUGACAACAUUCACAAAGAUACUAUUUGGAGAAAAAUUGGUAGUGAAUUAAAAACAACGGGCCCAGCGUGCAAGAAUAGGUGGAUAUCAUUACGUGACCAGCUGAGAAAAGCAAUAAAAAAAAAUGUUACGAAAAGUGGACAAGCUGCUGAACAUAAAAGAAAGUGGAAGUAUGAAGAAUCUAUGUCAUUUGUAAUUCCAUUUUUUAAAGAAAGGGAAACACAAAGCAACAUAGCAGAACCUGAUAGCUUGAGUGACGGAUCGAAUGAUGAACAAGAAGGUAUGGAGAGCGUUGUUAUUACAGGAGAUACUUCAGAAAAAAAUUCUAAUAACAACAUAAAUAAGCAAUGUACAACAUCUUCACAAAGAAGUUCUACUAGGUAUUCUCUAAACAAAAGAAAAUUUGAAAAAACAGAGACAGCUUCAUCUGUACUAAUGAAAUAUUUAGUAGAAAGUGAUAAGAAAGAAACAAAAGAGACUGCUAAUGAUCAUCCAAUAGAUAUAUUUUUCAAUAGCCUAGCCGCUACUGUAAAAACUUUUUCACCCGAGUACCAGCAUAUGGCAAAGUCAAAACUUUUCAAUGUUGUAUCCGAACUCGAGUGGGCUCAUUUACAAAGUAAAAAUACAAAUUACCAAGUGCCAACACCAAUUAAUUUUCCAGCUCCAGAGAACAGGUCAAAUAGACACCCAACACCAUUUGUUCAAACUCAAAACAUCCAACAAGCAGUCUAUCCACAACAACAAAUGUAUGAAAUUUCACGUGUGUCAAACUCAUCUACUCUAUAUGAUUCACCAAUGUCUAGUCAAACUCAACCACCUUCACCGUCACCGGUAAGUUCCGGAAGGUCAUCUGCACAAUCCUACUACGAACAAUUUCAGCCAAAUAACUUUUAA